AUGUCUACAUGCGCAUCACCACCGACGCUUGAAGGCCAGUCUAUAUACGAUAAACACGAACAACAAGUAUCUUCUAAAAUCAAUCAACUACGUCAUAUACUCCGUCAAAACUUCCAUAUUACGUUAAAUGAAUUCGUAUUCUUAUCAUCAUUUAUGUUCAAUUUCUUACUUUCGCGAUUGAUUCAUUAUUCAUCACCACAAGAGGAAGUAUACAACUAUUACAACAACAAGCAUAAUUUUUUCAAUACGGUGUUUGUUAAACGUGGAUGGGGAUGGACGACUUUUAUCAUUGUGGUAUUCUAUGCCGUUGUGAUUAUACCCAAGUUAUUCAAUAGCAAUAGUAGUACAAGUGUUCAACGAGAAAAGAGGAUAGAACUUCUAAUCAAAGCAGUCAUAAGAUAUGCAAUUGUUACACUUUGGUGGAUCUUAUUCACUCAAUGGUGUUUUGGAUUACCUAUAAUGGACAAGAUUUUCGUUCUUACUGGAGGAGUAUGCGUUCUUGAACCUCAUCCAACAGCUCAAACAACACCACCGUUAACCAUAGCCAAUCAUGAAUUAGGACAACUGUUUUUACAAGACUUAGAAACUCUUGUUUGGAAAAGUAAUCAUAUAUCAUCAUACCAUUGUCGGAAAUUUAAGGGAUCAUGGUCUGGUGGUUAUGAUCCAAGUGGACAUGUGUUUCUCAUGAUUCAUUCUUCAAUUUAUUUAUAUUUUGAAACAUCAGCUUGGUUCAAUUGGACAGAGUUGAGAAGUGUUGUUCCCCAGAUAAAGCAAAGUUUACAUGACCGAAAAUAUUUUGAAACUCACAAGUGGCAGGUGUUAAGAGGCAUAGCUCAAUUCCUGUUGGUGGCGCUAGUUUCAUUAUGGUGGUUUAUGUUGCUAAUGACGAAUGUGUAUUUCCAUUCUAUUGUUGAAAAGUUAUCGGGGUUGGUAUUUGGAUAUUUUGGCGUAAUUGCAGUGUAUGUGUUGCCCAGAUGGUUUUAG